AGUGACGGGUCACCUGUUCGGCUGGCCGGUGUCGUAUUUUCAAUAGUUCUACGUAAGAAAACAAAUGGACGGCGACGUAACGCCAGAUGUGGUUCGAGUACGUGCCGGCACGACGGCAAACAAACGCCGUAGCUGGCAUGUUGCUCGCGUCGCUGCCGAUAUUCAGCGCUCCCUUGCCGAACAAAGUCCUGCCAGACAACCAAGGUUCAGUUGGCACCCCAACGAUGAUUGCAGCUUGUCUUAUCAACAAGGCUCUGGCUGGGCCACAACUUCUGAUAGUGACGGUAAAAGCGACCAGGUAGCGCAGCCGAGAGCUAGUUUCUCUAUCGCGUCGUGGGCUGACCGUCCGGUCGCUAAAGAAAUGGACUCCAUUAUAGCCAAUUAUUCAUCAACACCGGGCGUGCAACGUGAAGACAGUAGUUUUGACGAAGACGACAGUCCAAACGAUCUUGUGCAACCCGUUUUUAUUGUUCCAAUUGUGUUGUCCACGACGGAACCACCUGAUGUCCAAGUGCUCAAUCAUAACAAGCGACUCAACUCUACUAUGAGUGACAACUAUAUAGAUGUCGUUGUCAAAGAAUUGCGAGAUGAACGUGAGAGUGUACAAAAGAAGACGUUCCAAAAAUGGGUCAAUUCCCAUCUCGUGCGAGUCGGGAACCGCAUAGGUGAUCUUUAUACAGAUCUCCGCGAUGGAAAAAUGCUUUUAAAACUAUUGGAAGUUCUCUCAGGCGAACGUUUGCCACGUCCAACCAAAGGCAAAAUGCGUAUUCAUUGCUUGGAAAACGUAGACAAGGCUCUGCAGUUCCUUCGAGAUCAACGUGUCCAUUUGGAAAACAUGGGCUCCCACGAUAUCGUUGAUGGCAGUUCCCGUUUAACUCUCGGUCUUAUCUGGACCAUUAUUCUUCGUUUCCAGAUCCAAGACAUUACUAUCGAAGAGACAGAUAAUAACGAAACACGUUCGGCCAAGGAUGCCCUCUUAUUGUGGUGCCAGAUGAAGACAGCCGGUUAUCAGAACGUCAACAUUCGGAAUUUCACGACAUCUUGGCGCGAUGGUUUGGCUUUUAACGCCAUUAUCCACAAACACUGCCCAGAACUUGUCCAGUACGACAAACUGUCCAAAUCCAACGCCAUGUUUAAUUUGAACAACGCUUUUAACGUGGCUGAGCAAAAACUUGGCUUGACCAAAUUGCUGGAUGCCGAAGAUAUUUACGUAGAUCAGCCCGACGAAAAAUCAAUCAUCACAUAUGUCGUUACAUAUUAUCAUUACUUCUCGAAAUUAAAGCAAGAAACUGUACAAGGAAAACGUAUCGGAAAAGUGGUAGGUCUCGCCAUGGAGAACGAUCGUAUGGUCACCGAAUACGAGACAUUGACAAGCGAUUUGCUACGCUGGAUCGAAUCAACCAUCCGAUCUUUAAGCGAACGUGAUUUUGCCAACUCCUUGGCAGGCGUUCAGCAACAGUUGCUGCAAUUCAACAAUUACCGCACGCUAGAAAAGCCACCCAAGUUUGUGGAAAAGGGCAACCUCGAAGUUUUGCUCUUCACUUUGCAGUCGAAAAUGAGGGCCAACAAUCAGAAACCCUAUUUCCCUAAAGAAGGCAAGAUGAUCUCCGACAUCAACAAAGCAUGGGAGCGUCUGGAAAAAUCAGAGCACGAACGUGAGCUCACCCUUCGCGAAGAGCUCAUUCGUCAAGAGAAGCUAGAGCAGUUGGCUGCCCGUUUCGACCGCAAGGCAGGCAUGAGAGAGACUUGGCUCAGCGAAAACCAACGUCUUGUUUCACAGGAUAAUUUUGGAUUCGAUUUGGCUGCCGUUGAAGCCGCCGCCAAGAAGCAUGAAGCGAUCGAGACGGACAUUCUCGCUUAUGAGGAACGUGUCCAGGCUGUUGUGGCUGUAGCCCAGGAAUUGGAGGCCGAAAAUUAUCACGACAUCGAUCGCAUCAACGCUCGUAAAGACAACGUUCUUCGUCUGUGGCAGUAUCUCCUGGAACUGCUUAGAGCCAGGCGUAUGCGUUUAGAACUUUCCCUCCAAUUGCAGCAAAACUUCCAGGAAAUGCUGUACAUUCUGGAUUCGAUGGAAGAGCUGAAGGUCCGUCUAUUGUCGGAAGACUACGGUAAACAUUUAAUGGGGGUCGAAGACCUGCUGCAAAAGCAUGCCCUUGUAGAAGCCGAUAUCAAUGUUUUGGGAGAACGAGUCAAAAUGGUAGUGCAACACUCCCAACGUUUCUUGGAGACCGAAGCUACUGGUGGAUUCGGCCCUUGCGAUCCGGCCAUUAUUGUCGAUCGCGUCCAACAGCUCGAGGAUGCUUAUGCUGAACUUGUCAAACUGGCCGUGGAACGCCGUGCUCGCCUAGAAGAAAGCCGCAAACUUUGGCAAUUCUAUUGGGAUAUGGCCGAUGAAGAAAACUGGAUCAAGGAAAAAGAACACAUUUUGUCGACUGGAGAUAUUGGUCAUGACUUGACUACCAUUCAUCUACUCAUCUCCAAACAUAAGGCACUUGAAGAAGAUAUUGCCAGCCAUGAACCGACUCUCUACUCUGUGGUCAACGUUGGUGAAGAACUUAUCCAGCAGGAACAUUUUGGCUCGGAAAAGAUCCAAGAACGUAUCACAGAGAUGGUAGAUAUGUGGAAUCACUUGUGUGAAACGGCAGCUUACAGACGAAAGCGUUUGGAAGAGGCUGUUAGCUACCACCAAUUUUUCACCGAUGCCGACGAUGUUGACACCUGGAUGCUGGAUGUUUUGCGUCUGGUUUCCAGCGAAGAUGUCGGCCGUGAUGAAGCAAACGUCCAAUCUCUACUUAAAAAACACAAAGACGUUACCGAAGAGCUUAAGAACUAUGCAUCCACUAUCGACGCCCUUAAGGAGCAGUCCGAAGAACUGGGUGAACAGGACCGCACUUCCCCCGAAGUCGUGGAACGCUUGGCCAGUAUUGAACGUCGCUAUAGAGAACUAAUGGAAUUGGCUAAGCUGCGCAAACAGCGCUUGCUGGAUGCCCUUUCGCUUUACAAGCUGUUUUCUGAAGCUGAUGGAGUCGAACAGUGGAUCGGUGAGAAGGAACGCAUGUUGGAGACGAUGGUACCAGCCAAGGACAUUGAAGACGUCGAAGUCAUGCGUCACCGUUACGAUGGAUUUGAUCGCGAGAUGAAUGCAAAUGCCUCACGUGUGGCUGUUGUAAACCAACUGGCUCGUCAAUUGCUUCACGUUGAGCACCCUAAUUCGGAGGAUAUCGUCGCCCGCCAGAACCAGCUCAACGCUCGCUGGGCUGAGUUACGCGAUCGAGCAGAAGCCAAACGCGAUGAACUUCAAUCAGCCCAUGGUGUCCAGACUUUCCACAUUGAAUGUCGUGAAACCAUCCUGUGGAUUGAAGACAAGAUCCGCAUUCUGCAGUCCACUGACAGUUUGGAAAUGGACCUUACUGGCAUCAUGACGUUGCAACGUCGUUUGUCCGGCAUGGAACGCGACCUUGCUGCCAUCCAGGCCAAAUUGGAUUCUCUGGACAAAGAAGCCGAGAAAAUUGGUGUGGAACAUCCCGAAGAAGAAGAGGUUAUCCGCGAACGCCUGGGACAGAUCCGCUCAGUCUGGGAGAAUUUGACUCAGAUGCUGAAGGAGCGCGAUGCCAAAUUGGAAGAAGCCGGUGAUCUGCAUCGUUUCUUGCGUGACUUGGAUCACUUCCAGACCUGGUUGACCAAGACACAGACGGAUGUUGCCUCUGAGGACAUCCCUGCUUCUCUAGCAGAAGCCGAAAAACUCUUGAGCCAACACCAGGGUAUCCGCGAGGAAAUUGACAACUACACUGACGAUUAUUCACGCAUGAUGGACUAUGGUGAGCGUAUCACAGCCGAAGAGACGACAUCAGACGAUCCCCAGUACAUGUUCUUGCGAGAGCGACUCAAGGCUCUUCGUGAUGGCUGGGAAGAAUUGCACCAAAUGUGGGAAAACCGCCAGCAAUUGCUCUCUCAAUCCCUCAACUUGCAGAUGUUCUUGCGAGAUGCCAAGCAGGCCGAAGUCCUUCUUGCUCACCAGGAGCACGUCCUUUCCAAGGAUGAAAUGCCAGCCAAUUUGGAACAAGCAGAGAAUGCCAUUAAACGCCACGAAGCAUUCCUUACAACAAUGGACGCUAACGACGACAAGGUCAAUAACGUAAUCCAGUUUGCCCAGCGCUUGGAAGAUGAGGGCCACUUUGCCGCUGACAAGGCCCAGAAAAAGGCCGAGAACAUUAGCGAACGCCGCGAGGCCAACCGCCAGAGAGCCGUCCAGCUUAUGGAAAAACUUCGCGACGCUCUACAACUUCAACAGUUCUUGCAAGACUGCGAAGAAUUGUCCGAAUGGAUUCAAGAAAAGAACAUUAUCGCCCAGGACGAGACCUACCGUAGCGCCAAAACAGUUCACUCCAAGUGGACUCGCCACCAGGCUUUUGAAGCUGAAAUCGCUUCGAAUAAAGAUAGGCUCUAUCACAUCCAGCAGGCCGGAGAGCAGUUGAUCAAGGAAAAGCCAGAAAUCAUAUCUGUUAUUGAUCCUCGUAUCCAGGAAUUGAGUCACCAGUUUGACGACUUAGAGAGGACCACACGCGAAAAGGGUGAACGCCUAUUCGACGCCAAUAGGCAAGUCCUUUACGAGCAAACUUGCGAUGACAUCGAUACUUGGAUGUCCGACCUCGAGAAACAGAUGGUGACUGGCGGUACUGGGGAAGACUUGGCCUCCGUCAACAUCUUGAUGCAGAAACAACAAAUGAUUGAAACACAGAUGGCAAUCAAGGCCCAACAAGUGUCCGAACUGGGCGCACAGGCUGAAUAUUUGGAACGCAUGACACCUGAGAAGGUGGAAGACAUUCAACAAAAGAAAGAAGCCGUCGAGAGGAGAUUCGACGAGCUGAAAGCACCCCUGGUCAGAAGACAGCGUGAUUUGGAAAAGAAGAAAGAAGCCUACCAGUUCCGACGCGAUGUCGAAGACGAGAAACUCUGGAUCUCAGACAAAAUGCCGUUAGCCACCGCCAGUGACUACGGUAACUCUCUCUUCAACGUCAACGUUUUGAAAAAGAAAAACCAAUCGCUGAGAACAGAAAUCGACAACCACGAACAGCGAAUCCACUUGGUGUGCAACAAUGGACAGAAAUUGAUCGAUGAAGAUCACGCCGAUUCGCAAGAAUUCUCCAACCUCAUCGAGGAAUUGCUCGACACUUGGCAGAUCUUGAAAGACGCCAUGGAUAAUCGACGGGCCAACCUUUUGGCUUCCGAACGGGCCCAGCAAUACUUUUUCGAUGCCAGCGAGGCUGAGUCGUGGAUGAGCGAACAAGAACUGUAUAUGAUGGUAGAAGACCGUGGCAAGGAUGAGAUAUCAGCACAGAACUUAAUGAAGAAACACCAAACUUUGGAAUUAGCCGUCGAAGAUUAUGCCGAGACCAUUCGCUCUCUAGGGGAGACUUCCACCCAGCUUAUUGCCGAAGGCCAUCCCGACAGCGACCAAAUUGCUGUCCGGCAAGCUCAGGUCGACAAGUUGUACGCUGGUCUUCGCGACUUAGCGCAGGAACGACGUGCUAAACUGGAAGAAGCCUUGCAACUCUUCAUGCUUAGCCGCGAAGUCGACGACCUCCGCCAAUGGAUAGCUGACCGUGAAGUCGUUGCCGGCUCGCACGAGCUUGGUCAAGAUUACGAUCAUGUUACACUCCUUUGGGAACGCUUUAAAGAAUUUGCUCGGGAUACCGAAACGAUCGGCACUGAACGCGUGGCUGCUGUCAACGAAAUCGCUGAUCAGUUGAUGGGUGCCCGUCACUCUGACGCCGCCACCAUCGCCGAAUGGAAAGACGAUCUGAACGAAGCUUGGGCUGAUCUCCUCGAGUUGAUCGAUACAAGAACACAAAUGUUGGCCGCCUCACGCGAACUGCACAAGUUCUUCCACGAUUGUAAGGACGUCUUGGGUCGCAUCGUUGAGAAACAAAACACCCUGUCUGACGAGUUGGGAAGAGAUGCGGGUUCCGUAUCUGCUCUCCAACGAAAACAUCAAAACUUCAUCCAGGAUCUUCAAACGUUACAGAGUCAGGUCCAGGGUGUCCAGGAAGAUUCGCAACGGCUCCAGGCGGCUUACGCUGGAGACAAAGCUCGUGAGAUUACUGGCCGAGAAGGAGAGGUUGUCAAUGCCUGGCUUCAGUUGCAGGCCUUGUGCGAGGGCAGACGUCAGAAAUUGGCCGACACAGGUGACCUUUUCCGAUUCUUCUCCAUGGUACGCACGCUCGUCCUCUGGAUUGAUGACCUCAUCCGGCAAAUGAACACAACCGAAAAGCCACGCGAUGUGAGUGGCGUGGAGCUCUUAAUGAACAAUCACCAGAGUCUGAAGGCUGAAAUCGACGCUAGAGGAGACAAUUUUUCAGCGUGUAUUGCUCUAGGCAAAGAACUCUUGUCUAGAGGACACUACGCCACUAACGAGAUCAAAGAGAAACUAGUAGCCCUCACCAACCAACGCAAUUCCAUGCUGCACCGAUGGGAGGAACGUUGGGAACACCUCCAGCUCAUUUUGGAAGUCUACCAAUUUGCCCGCGACGCCGCCGUUGCUGAAGGAUGGCUGAUGGCGCAAGAAUCUUACCUGAUGAGUCAUGAAUUAGGACACACCAUAGAUGAGGUGGAAAAUUUGAUAAAGAAACACGAGGCGUUCGAAAAAUCUGCUGCCGCCCAAGAAGAACGCUUCGCUGCCCUCGAGAGAUUGACAACGAUGGAAUGGAUUUUGCAUGGUGAUGGUGGUGGUGAUCUUUCGGGUGCUUUGGUCGACAACCAUCCUAGUUGGCAUCCUGGUUACUUUCAUCCUGUAGUGGACUCUCCAUUCAGGAGUUUACUCCGCUCCAUUAGCGACCAAACACCUAGUCCGGCUUGCAUUAAGGAACUGUUCGAGGAAUCGACGUUCCACGAUGAAGACGGUCCUUUCCUAGUCUCUAACAAUAGUUCCGCCUCCUCGUCCCCCCAUUUAUCCCGCCUUUCCCACUCCUCCUGUGUUUCGGACACCUCGGCCUCCUCGGCCUCCUCAUCGAACGCGUCGGCUUCGGGUGACAAGUUAAAGAAGCGUCGUAAAUACAGGAAAAAAAGAGGCGUCAAACGACAAAAUAUGGCGCUGUCCUUUAAAAACUCUCAAGAUGGAUGUUCUGGCAAAGCGGAAUCGCCUAGUGCCGUCUAUUGUGAAGAAUGGAUCUAUAGCACUUCUAAUCAGCCGGAGGUAAACAAACGGCUUACCUUUGCCGGUCUGAGCGAAGCUGAGCAAAGUGGAUUUUCCGAUGAGCUGCCAGUCAGGAGAAACAGCCUUGAUAGUGACGUUAAGAAGAAGCCCAAAAAGAAUACGAGUUGGUUGAACAUGUGGCAAAAUUUAUUACGGAUUACUCCCAAGCCGAUGAAAAAAGCUCAAGAACCAAUCGCUGUCGAAAUUAAUCCAGCCGUUGGCCGGAUCUCCACCUUGCCUUCAAUUUCUGAAGCCGGACCAUCCGAAACACAGUCUGUCCAUUCCAAUCCCUCCACAACCAAUUGUUCUGUAGCACUUUCCUCUGCUUCUGGUAGUCUAACUGCAUGUAACGUACAAACUAACACUACUAGUCCAAAGUACGAGUUGAAAGAAUUGAAACGACGCCAAGAAGAAGAUGAGCGACAAAGGGCCGAGGAGUUGGCUGCUCAGCAAGCUGCUCUGGCUGCAAUUCAUUCUCCACCCGAAGGAUCAAAUCAAGACCAAACCGACGGAGACACAUCGCCAUCUGAGCCUAUAUCUGGCAGUACCGAUAAGGAUCCGACGACAGAAGCCACCGAAGGAAGGGCUUCACCUAAAGCUGAACAAGCUAAGCCGGCCCCAGUGCAUGCCAAGGUUGAAACAACCUCUUCGCCUUCCUAUUCCGCUCCUGGACAGACUGUACCAGUGUCGCCUAGUAGCCCGGCAGAUUCAUCGACAACCGCAUCGUCAACCGGUCGUUCGGCUAGGCCGUCAGCGUCUCCACGUACGCCCACCACCACAACCACCACCACUCCGCCAAAAGGCAAAGGAUCUCGAUCCCGUUCCAAGUCCCCCUUCCGCUCCUUCCGCUGGAAAAAAUCAUCGAAAAGCCAACUUCCGUCUGGCGUCGGAAGCGUUUCAGACGACGAAGCAGCUUGCGAUGAUGAAGAAGAGCGCCGCAGUUCUCUAGCUGGCGGAGAUGACGUCUACGAGGGCACGGUCAACCGCAAACACGAGUGGGAGUCCACUACCAAAAAAGCUUCCAAUCGAUCUUGGGACAAAGUUUAUUUGACUUUGCGCCAAGGCGAUUUGGCUGUUUACAAAGAUCAAAAGUGCGCCAGAGCGGCUCCCGAAGUUUACCAUCGCAACGAAAGUCCGUUGGACAUUCGUACGGCUGUGGCUGAAGUGGCUGCUGACUACACCAAGAAGAGACACGUCUUCCGUCUCAAGUUAGCAAACGGGGGUGAAUAUCUAUUCCAGGCAAAGGAUGACGAAGAAAUGAACGGAUGGGUUACUAAGCUACAGGCUUCCACCAAUGCCGCGGUUGAAAGCGCGAGCGCCGGAUCCUCGCGAGCUCAGACGAUGCCAGCCCAGGCAACGAAAGAUGAACCCAAGAAACGAAGUUUCUUCACACUGAAGAAGAAAUAAUCAAGAACCAUCCAGCAAUUAUACCCCAAGUUUAUGUCCAAAAAAAAACUAAACAAAAAAAAACAAAAACAAGAAAAAAAAUUACACAAAAAAAAUUACGAUGAAAAAAGAAAUUGAGAGGGAAAGUCCUCUUUCCCAUCCAAUCGUUUUCUCCCUCUCGCUUUCUAUAUAUGGGAAGAUGUAGUAGAUCGAUUUUAUCACCAACUUUCUAUUUUGUUUCUUACUGAGGCAGACGGUCCUUUUUUUUUGCCCUCUUAUUAUGCCACGCCAGGUGCUCUACGCUUUUUUUUCUGUUCGUACACAGAAUUACUGGUUCGAUUGUCGAGUUGAAUGAAGGAUAGAACGGAUGAAGGGAAAAUUUGCCUGGAAAGAAUACGCUUCGCAACGUACAGGCUUACAUGGGUGGCGGGCUUCUCUCUCAUCUUUCAUCUUUUUUUUUUCCUCUUGGAUUAUGACCGCUUUUGAAAUCUGUGUCUUCUACCCUAUCUGGACGCAUCGUAAACCAAGGGAAGCCAAACUGUUCCUCGAAUGUCAACACUGCCAUUGAAAGAGAACGUCUGUCACUGACCGGUACUAGAAUCGCUAAGGAAAAACUUCUUCCCGCCCACAACAUACAAGUUAAUUCCCUGUAUUUUGACAUUUCUCUUAAAAGACAAAAACAAACUAAAAGACAUUUGAGAUUUUCCACUGUCUUGUAGCCAUUAGUCCACAUACACAUGUCGCUAAGACAACAAGGCUUUGAUCCUAUUGACUACAAUGUCAGUAGAACUGUAUUUUGUUUUAUUCUUCCUUGGCAGUAGUUUACCGUGUGCUGAUGUUGAGGUCUAUUCAAUCCCGCCUAGAUAAUAUAAUAUAACACCCAACUUUCUCUUACUGUGUGCUUGUCAUUUUAACGCUUUAUAGUAACGCUGUUACGACGAUUUCGUGUCAAAAAAGGCAUUUUUUUUUUCUUCUUACAAAACAAACCGGCAUAUACAGUUAUAAUCCCCAGCUGAUCUUACGGAGUUUUUUUUCACAUUCUUGAAUUAUUUUACCUUCAUUAUAACCUGAUUCUUUUACGUUCUAGAGUUGAUCGUCUCCCAUGUAUAUCUGUACUGCUGUAAUCCUCAAAAUAUAUCAGUUUUCACAUCUUG